AUCAUAGCUUAAUGUAUAUCACACGGAGUUUUUAAAACGAUUGAGCUGUUGGUUGUCGUUGACUUAACAGGAAAAUCCACCAUGAAUUUUUUUCUACAUAUUUGUCUUGUCAUUGUUGUCGUUGGGCUGCAGACACUCUGGGGCGUAAACUCAAAGAAGCUUACUGGAAUGAAGUAUUGUCUGAGUGAAGAAUAUUGUCCAGAGGCCUGGAUAAAGUAUCCCCGAUUGAAGUUUGAUAAUGACAAUCAACGUUUCUGUCGACGAUUACGAAUGUAUAAAGAAUGUGCCAGAAGAAAAGGCCCACAAUGGUGUUAUAAGGGGCUUGUGUACGAAUACUUGGCUUUUGAUAUUUGUACUAACGAGGAUAGGCAACGUCACCGAGGAUGAAUCAUGGCUAAUUUACGACUUCAAACAGCAUAUUAUUAAUACUUAUUUUAUGAAUAUUUCUGUGAUGGUCCAAUUGAAUAUUAAAUGAAAAGAAUAUAUUGAUUUCAUUUUCCAGUCAGCAAUCAGUUCUGAAACUGUGAAUACGAAAAGUAGGGAAAAAAAUACAUGUAUAUGUAAAUAAAAUUACAAUAAAUAUGU